UGUGUCAGUUUUUCUAUUUCAAAUUCCAUAAACCCUAACCGAACCCAGUCCCUAAAUUCAUCGUCUCCUCCACACCAACACAUAAACCCUAAUUCACCACAUAUUUGCUCUCAACGACCUGCAAUCGUUUAACAGAAAGUAUGUUGCGAAGGAACGUGAGGCUGAGAAGAGAGUAUCUGUACAGGAAAAGUUUGGAAGGCAAAGAACGGUUGCUCUACGAGAAGAAACGCAAAAUCAAACAAGCUCUUGAAGAGGGGAAACCGAUUCCGACUGAGCUUCGGAAUGAAGAUGCUGCUCUGCGUCAAGAGAUUGACCUUGAAGAUGAACGAACUGCAGUUCCAAGGUCAACCAUAGACGAUGAAUAUGCAAAUGCGACUGAAAGGGAUCCAAAAAUUCUGCUAACAACAUCUCAUGACCCAAGUGCUCCUCUUAAACAGUUUGUAAAGGAAUUGAAGUUUGUCUUCCCUAAUUCCCAACGAAUGAACCGUGGUGGUCAGGUUAUUUCUGAAAUAGUUGAGACUUGCCGAUCACAUGACUUCACAGAUCUUAUCUUAGUUCAUGAACACCGUGGUGUACCCGAUAAUAUAAUUAUAAGCCACUUACCUUAUGGUCCAACUGCUUACUUUCAGAUCCUCAAUGUGGUUACAAGACAUGACAAUAAGGACAAGAAGGAAAUGGGAACUGUUUCAGAGGCUUAUCCGCAUCUGAUUUUAAACAAUUUCUCUACCAAGAUGGGUGAAAGAACUGCUACCAUCUUGAAGCAUCUUUUUCCAGUGCCUAAACCCGAUUCAAAACGCAUCAUCACUUUUGCCAAUCAGUCAGAUUACAUUUCUUUCAGGCAUCACGUCUACAGACAAAGUGGCGGUCCUAAGUCAAUUGAUUUAAAGGAGGUUGGUCCUAGGUUUGAGUUACGACUGUAUCAGGUUAAGCUUGGAACGGUUGAUCAACUAGAAGCACAAAAUGAAUGGGUAUUACCAUCAUUUAUGAACACAUCCAAGAAGCAAAAGAUAUUAGGUGAAUGACAAAUCUACCCUUGGGACUUUGGAUUGCCCCAGGUCAUGUUUUUCGCGGCUAGAAAAUUUUGGAUUAAAGAAUUUCUUAUUGUAUGUUGGCCUAUUUGUGUUUCGUUUAAUCUUAAAAUAUUUAUAUUAUAUGAAUAACCUUUUUGUUAAAAGUUGGCAAUUUUGUAUC